AGACUCCGGGAGGCACUGGUGACACCGCUCUGCAAACACCAAGUUGGGGACCCGAGGUGCAAGGAGGGAGCCAAGAUGUCCGUGCCAUCCCCUCUCUGAUUCCAGCCCCGGUGUUCAUUCAAGGCUGGUUUGGUGCUUGAGGAGGGGCCCACACCUCAGCUGUCCUCCAGGGAGCUGUGCUGAGCCCCUCGUGACACCUGGUCAAACCUUGAGUAUUCUCAGCUCCAUCCCUAGUCCUUUCCAGCCCACCUCUAUGCCUUUGGACUGCCAGACAGGAUGUCUGUGCCCCAAAUCCAAAUAGAAGAGGCUCUGGACAGCAUGGAUGCUGGCUCUGGGGGGGUUCCUCCUCCAGAUGAUCACCUGAGGACCCUCAAGGCAUUGACAGAGAAGCUGAGACUGGAAACCAGGCGCCCUUCCUACUUGGAAUGGAAGGCAAAGCUGGAGGAGCAGGCUUGGAAGAGCCCCCAGUCAGAGGGAGACAGGGAGGACGAGGCCACCAAGGCCAAAAAGACCCCAGGGGAGACUGUCCCCAUGAGGAAAGUGCAGCUGCACCUCAACGGGAGCCCUGCCCAAGACAAGGGGACUGUCACCUCAGGGAGGAUAGGUGGCUUUGAGAGCAUCGACGAAGCUCUGACGUGGCUCAGGAAGGAGCUGGCAGAAAUGCGCCUGCAGGACCAGCAGCUGGCCAGGCAGCUGAUGCGGCUGCGCAGCGACAUCAACAAGCUGAAGAUCGAGCAGACGUGCCACCUGCACCAGCGCAUGCUCAACGAUGCCACCUACGAGCUGGAGGAGAGGGACGAGCUCGCUGACCUCUUCUGUGACUUCCCCCUCGUGAGCUCCUUCAGCCUCUCCACGCCCCUCAAGCUCAUCGGGGUCACCAAGAUGAACAUCAACUCCCGCCGGUUCUCGCUGUGCUGAGCGGGGUGGGGAGAAGGAGAGGGAAGGAUGGGGGAGAAGGAGGGAGAGGGAGCUCUCUGCCUCGUGGCUGGGUGAGGAGAGGCCAAGGAGGAGCAAAGGGAACCUGCAGCUGGUCUUGGUGGCAGAGUGGAGAUUGGCACUGGAACGGCCUGGGGAUGCUCAUGGGGAAGGCAGGACCUGCGUGGAAGAAGCCUGAAGAGCAUCCAGACCCAACACAAGCACUCAGCUCCUUUGCCAAGUCCCUUCUCCUCCUCUUCCUCCCACAGGACGCAGCUCGGUGUGGGUGGUUGUGCUCAAAAAUCAAAGGAGGGGUCAAAAAUCAGCCACAAAGCAAAAUCCCUCUUUCCUUCCCCUUCCCCUCCUCCCAGGCUGGAGCAACAUUGCUCUCCUCCAUGGAUGUCCCCUUUGGCACCAGCCCCCAGCCUCUGCUGCUCCAAGUGUGGGAUCCAUGGGGCUGUUUCAGUGGGAAGUUGAUUUCCAGUGGGAAGGAGCCAAGCAAAGGACUGUGGGUUAAAUGGUACCAGCCCCAAGAAGUGGUGAGAAGAUGUGUUUUUUGGAUUGCUCCAUAGAGUCCAGGGCACUACAGCUUCAUUUUGCCUGUGGUAUAGAUUAUGGACUCAGCGUGGGCACAUUCAGAGAUUCCAGCUGACCAGAAGUCUCCUGUGUGCCCUGGAAGUCAUACCCAGAGCAAUACACAGUUCUGAUCCUGUUGGAUCCUGUUGUCAGCCACAAGACACCCUGUGGUUCACCCUGAAAACAAGGAAAUGCUGUACCCAAGACGUUUCCUGUCAGAGAAAUCCCCAGGCUGACAACCCCCAACAGCAGCACCAGCAAACCCUGGAUCCUCUGUAGCCACACACAUCCAUCAG